AUGGUUGGUAAAAUCAGAGUAUUCAAAGAUGUAAUUAGUAGUAUCAAAUUGAAACAAUUUGCUGAAAUAAAUGGCUUAACUAUAAAUAAUAGGUGCAAGGUAGGUUCAGAUAUUACGGAUCAUUUGUUAUCAUUUACUCCACUUCAAUAUCCAUUGUCUAAAGAUGGGUAUUUCGAUUACUUGAUGCCCGAUAAGAUUGAUAAUAAAUGUCUGAAUUUCCUUAAUGAUUGUAAGAGUGGUACUUAUUUGAGACGAGUAUGGGGUGGUGGUUCACUGAAAUUGUUUUCCUCCAUUGAACAUGAUAAAAUUUAUUCUUGUGUUGAGUCAGUUAAGACUUUGAAAAGGACAUUUAGUGGUAUAUAUGUCAUUUUGAAAAGGGAUAUAAUACAUGCUGAUGAUACCAACACUAGUAAUCAUGAGUCAUCAUCAUCAUCAUCAUCAUCAGUAUUGUUACAAGAAAUUAGGAAUCUUGUAUACACAGAUUCUGAACCUACUGUUAGUUAUUAUGACAAUUUAACUAAUGAUAGAAGUCUCUUAGACGGACAAAUAAUUGAAACAUUUGCUUUUGAAAUAGAUAACGUAACUAAAUAUAAUAUCUUAUCUUCAAAUCCACAUAGGGUUCAUUGGGAUAAAAAUUAUGCUGUAAACAUAGAAAAGUAUAAAGAUAUUAUUGUUCCUGGACCUUACAUUUUACAAUUAAGUACAAAUUUAAUUGAAUCUGCAUUAGGUUCUCCUCUCACUAAUAUUAAGUAUAGAAAUCUUAAUUUUAUCUACUCUACUACUGUAAUUAACCUCUUGGCUGAUUCCAAAUUUAAAACAUUUUGGUUAGUCGAUAAAAAGGAUCCAAGAUUGAUAUAUUUUAUACUUAACAUCGAGGAAAACAUGUAA